AGUAAUUUCAUUUGGAAAACAAGAAAAGUGGUGUGAUGCGGGGCUAGUAGAGGGUAAAUUUAUUGAGUGGAACAAAUAAUUUGAUAUUUAUAUAUAUAUAUAUAUAUUGAAAGGAUCCUAAGCUAGAAUUUUAAAAAAGAAAUCAUGAACACCUCAAAAUUAAUCACAAAAGAUCCGGGGAUGGUAACAAAAGACAGUGGAGCUGUUUAAGAAGAAACCCAGCCAAAAGAAAAUGCGCGCUCUAAAACCAGCAGGUAACCAAGUGGCGCAAGUUUUAUUCAAACCAACAACCUUUAUACACCUUAACCACAUAAUUAAGCUCCUAAAAGUUUCAGCUGAUACAAACAACUUAAUAUUAGCCAAAAUACUCCAUUCCCUUUUACUAGUAACCAAUCAAACCUCCACUCGAUCUAACAGAUACCCAUUAAACUCCUUAAUCAAUGUCUACGCCAAAAGUAACCAAAUUUCGGUUGCCCAGAAACUGUUCGAUAGAAUGCCUGAGAGAAACUUGGUUUCUUGGUGUUCCCUCAUGGCAGGAUAUUUGCAAACCGGGUUUUCAUUGCAAGUGUUAAAGUUGUUCAAAGAUAUGACUUUGGUGGAUAGUUUGAGGCCUAAUGAGUAUAUUUUCGCGGUUGUUUUUUCAGCUUGUUCUGACGGUGGGAAGGCUUUAGAGGGUAGACAGUGUCACGGUUAUGUGGUCAAGUCCGGGUUGGUUUUUCAUCAAUAUGUUAAGAAUGCAUUGAUAAAUAUGUAUUCAAAGUUUUCUGAUGUUAAAGGAGCUAUGAGGGUUUUUAGUUUAGUGCCUGGUUAUGAUGUUUAUUCAUAUAAUUUAGUUCUAAAUGGACUCGUGCAACAAGGGUUCUCGAAUGAAGCAAUUCAAGUUUUGGAAAGGCUGAUGGGAGAGAGUGUAGAGUGGGAUAGUGUAACUUAUGUUACUGUCUUUGGACUUUGUGCUUGUCUUAAGGAUUUAAAGUUGGGCUUGCAAGUGCAUUGUAGGAUUUUGACAAGUGAUGUGGAGUUGGAUGUUUUUGUUAAUAGUGCAAUCAUUAAUAUGUAUGGGAAAUGCGGCAAGGUUAUCAAUGCCAGGAAAACUUUUGAUUGUCUCCAAGUUAAAAAUGUAGUUGUAUGGACUGGAAUCAUGGCUGCAUACUUUCAAAAUGGAUGCUUUGAGGAAGCACUAAAUCUGUUUUCUGAGAUGAAAAUUGGUGAUGUUUCACCUAAUGGGUUUACUUUUGCGGUUAUGUUAAACUCUACUGCAGGAUUGUCCGCACUAAGACAUGGAAACGUACUAUAUGGAGAAAUUGUAAAGUCAGGUUUUAAGGACCAUGUUAUCGUUGGAAAUGCUUUGAUCAACAUGUAUGCGAAGUGUGGUGACAUUGAAGCAGCAAGUAAAGUUUUUUUAGAUAUGAUGUAUCGAGACUGCAUUACUUGGAAUGCCAUGAUAUGCGGGUAUUCUCAUCAUGGGCUAGGAAAGGAGGCUAUGGCUUUGUUUAAUGACUUGUUGGCUGCAGGAGAAUGUCCUAACUAUGUUACCUUUGUGGGGGUUCUUUCUGCUUGUAGCCAUCUUGGUCUAGUAAAAGAAGGUUUAUACUACUUGAACCAAUUCAUGAGACAGGUUGGAGUAGAACCCGGGUUGGAGCACUACACCUGUGUUGUUGGGCUGCUGAGCAAGGCUGGACUUCUUGAUGAGGCUGAGAAACUUUUGAGGUCUAUACCAGUAGAAUUGGAUGUCAUUGCUUGGCGUACAUUGCUCAGUGCCUGUCAUGUACAUCGGAAUUAUGGUUUUGGGAGGCGUAUAGCAGAAUUUGUGUUAGAGAUGGACCCUAAUGAUGUGGGAACAUAUACACUAUUAUCUAAUAUUUAUGCAAAGGCAAAGAGGUGGGAUGGAGUAGUGAAGAUCCGAAAAUUGAUGAGAGAGAGAAAUAUCAAGAAAGAACCUGGUGUAAGCUGGAUAGAGAUAAGAAAUGUUACCCAUGUUUUUGUUUCGGAUGACUGUCAACACCCAGAGUCAACUCAAAUUUAUGAGAAAGUAAAAGAACUUUUAGCCAGGAUUAAGCCACUGGGAUAUAUACCAGAUGUUACUGCAGUGUUGCAUGAUGUGGAGGAAGAGCAGAAGGAAGACUAUCUUAGUUAUCACAGCGAGAAACUGGCCAUUGCAUAUGGACUCAUGCAUGCUCCCUUAGAGGCACCUAUUCGUGUGUUUAAAAACCUUAGAAUGUGUGAAGAUUGCCACUCAGCUGCAAAACUUAUUUCUAAGCUCACAAACAGUAUGAUCAUCGUGAGAGAUGCAAAUCGCUUCCACAGUUUUCAAAAUGGAUGCUGUUCAUGUGCAGAUUACUGGUAAUAGAUUCACUGACCAUUACUCUUGGAUGGAUGGAGAACAAAAUUUGUAUGUCCUAUAGCUUACAGGACAAAGACUCCACUCCUAUCUCCAAGACAGCCAGGGAUCGUUGACUCUCAUUCUUUUUACCUGGAUCCCUAUUUAUUUUCUUUAGGUCAUUGAUUCCAAUGUCAGGCUUUAUAUCCAGUUAACUAAUGCGCCAGUCCUACCUGUGCGGUUAUAUCUUUAAGGCCAUGGUCCUCUUAGCUGACGUUCAAGUACAUGUAUGAGUCCAAGAAUCAACAAUUAUUCCCAUAUUUCAGGAACUAGAGAUCGAAAAGCGGCCUUUUACCAUAUGCCAAACUAAGUGAGAUGCAAAGUGUUCCUUCCUCUGACGGAUUUCAAUUCUUGCUUCUGGAAACAAAUUUAUUCUCUAAACUUUUUAGAACCUUCAUCUGUUGGCUUCCUUUUCAUUGUCACUUAUAGUUGCUUUCUGUAGAAAGAAUGAGU